AUAAAUCUCUGCAAUGGUUCCUCCCUUCUAAAAAGUAGGUUAACAGAUUCACAGAGCUGCACAGCAGAACUUGAAAAGUCACAGGACUGAAUGCUUCUGUUUUUUGAAGGAGAACAUUUUUCUGCAUGCAGGUGGCUUUAUGUGCAGUAGAGGCAAUUAAUGUUUAACAAACUUUUUGUUGAAGUGGGAUAUGGCACAGAAAGGAGUUCAGAUGGAUUCUAAAGUCUCCUGUUGCAUCUGUCUGGAUCUACUGAAGGAUCCAGUGACUAUUUCCUGUGGACACAGCUACUGCAUGAACUGUAUUAAAGACUUAUGGGAUGGAAAAGACCAGAAGGGAAUCCACAGCUGCCUUUAUUGCAGGAAAACUUCUACACUGAGGCGUACCUUGAAGAAAAACACCAUGCCAGAACAGUUGGUGGAGGAUACAAAGAAGACUGAACUCAAAGACGCUUCAGCUGAUCACUAUUUUACUGGACAUGAAAAUGUGACCUGUGACAUUUGCACUGGAAAGAAGAUGAAAGCUGUCAAGUCCUGUCUGGUUUGUUUGGUUUCUUACUGUGAAAGUCACCUCCAACCUCAUUAUGAUGUUCCUCAAUUUAAGAAACACAAGCUGGUGAAUCCAUCCAAGAAGCUCGAGGAACACAUCUGCUCCCGUCAUGAUGAGGUGAUGAAGAUCUUCUGUCAUACUGAUCAGAAGUGUAUCUGUUAUCUCUGCUUAAUGGAUGAACAUAAAGGCCAUGAAGCAGUCCAAGUUGCAGCAGGAAGAGCUGAGAAGCAGAAGGAGCUUGAGGUAAAGCAAAGGAAAAUCCAGCAAAGAAUCCAGGACCAAGAGAAAGAUGUGAAGCUGCUUCAACAGGAGGUGGAGGCCAUCAAUGUCUCUGCUGAUAAAGCAGUGGAGGACAGUGAGAAGAUCUUCACUGAGCUGAUCCGUCUCCUCCAGAAAAGAAGGUCUGAUGUGAAGCAGCAGAUCAGAUCCCAGCAGGAAACUGAAGUGAGUCGAGUCAAAGAUGUUCAGGAGAAGCUGGAGCAGGAGAUCACUGAGCUGAAGAGGAAAGACGCUGAGCUGGAGCAGCUCUCACACACAGAGGAUCACAACCAGUUUCUCCUCAACUACCCCUCACUGCCAGCACUCAGUGAGUCUACACACUCAUCCAGCAUCAACAUCCGUCCUCUGAGACACUUUGAGGACGUGACAGCAGCUGUGUCAGAUACAAAACGCGUUCUAGAAGGCCUAUUGACAGAGAUAAAAACAAACAUCUCACUGACAGUGAGUAAAGUUGACGUUUUACUGCCAGAACCAGAACCAAAGACCAGAGCUGACUUUCUAAAAUACUCACAAGAAAUCACUCUGGAUCCAAACACAGCAAACAAAUUUCUGUUGUUAUCGGAUAGAAACAGAAAAGUAACACUAAUGAAGCAACAGCAGCUUUAUGAAGAUCAUCCAGAAAGAUUCACUUAUUUUUGUGAAGUCCUGAGCAGAGAGAGUCUGACUGGACGUUGUUACUGGGAGGUUGAGUGGAAGGGGGGAGAGAUUGAAGUUGCCAUCACAUACAAAAACAUUUCCAGAGCAGGCACAUCAGAAAAAUGUGGAUUUGGACUCAACGACAGAUCCUGGGCUUUGCACUGUGACGCAAAUAGUUACUCCUGUUCCUACAACAAUGUUAAAACUCCAGUAUCAGGUCCAGUUUCCUCCAGAGUAGGAGUGUACCUCAAUUACAAAUUGGGUGUUCUGUGUUUUUACAGCAUCUCUAAGAAAAUGACUCUCCUCCACAGAGUCCAGACAACAUUCACUCAGCCACUCUAUGCUGGGCUUUGGCUUUUAGAUUACGGAACCACAGCUGAGCUCAUUAGAGUUAAAUAGAGUACCAACAGCAAUGCAAACUGGGUUUUUUAAUUUCUUUAUUUGGUUAAAAAAAAUGACACUUUCAAUCAAAAGUUACAUUAAAACUUUAUUUACUGAAUGACACUACCUGACAACCGUCAUAAACAUUCAUGAAAAUUCCUCCAUAUUUAUGAAAGUGUCAAACAAAUAAGUCUUAUGCACAUCCCAUAAAAUAAAGUGGAUGAUGUGCCAACACUAAGAAAAACACUUAUGGUGCAACUGAAAUUAAUUAAUCAUGUCUGGAUUUAACUUUGUUAAAAUAUGGUUUUAAUUUAGUGUAACAUCCUGUUUUUGUAUUGAGAGAGAGACUUUUGGUAAUUAAAUACUCACAAAGAUACAAGGUAAUUUUGAUUCUGGCAGUAAUGUGAUUCCUUAUUAUCAUUCAAUCAUACAAUUGAUUUUUUAAGGCUCACUGGAUAAGAAGAAUAAUUACCCUUCACUUUCACACUGAUAAGAAAUUAUGUAUUCGAUUUAUUCAGACUCAUGCAUUUGUUGUUCAUUAACAUAAGAGUCCACUGUUUGUGAGGCCAUAUCAUUAAAUUAAUUGAUAAAUUAAUACUUAAAGCCUGAUGAAAGUGUUGCACUAAUCUAAAAGAUUAAUAUGGGAUGGAAAUAACUUCCUUAAGAUGAUUCAGGAAAAUUUUACACUGAAUGGUCAAGAUUUGAACUUUGACAUUUAAGAGUGCUGUUAAGGUUUCAUUUUACUUGUUUUGACAGGAAACAUAAACAUUUCAACAACUCAAAUCAUAGAAACUGGAAAGAUUUUCAUUUAAAUGUUUAUAUAUCUUCCUUGUCCUCUGCUUCUGAACUUUAUUGUCAUAUUAACACAAAUCUGGGGGUGAAAGUCUGUUUGCAUUGUGUAAAGUUUAGAUAAAAAUGUAAUCAGCUUUAAUAUAAUUCAACUCUGUGUUAUUGUGUUUUAAUCAGAUGUGGAUUGGAUGAUUGAUUAACUCAUGAAUCAUUUUAGAAACUAAUGAAUUAUUAACAGUUUAAACUGUUUAUUGUUUUGUUUAGUUGAUCCUUCUGUUUGCUUUUGAUUUCUUUUUAAAUGUUUUAUACAAAUAACUUGUUUCAUUUUGUUUUGAUCACAAAAACAAAUACAUUUAAUUUACUGGGUCAUGUUUUCUUAUAUGAUGAAUAUUUUUCAUUAUACUUAACAUUUUUAUCUAUUGAACAUUUUAACUCUGCUCACUGAUACUAGAAUAUUGAAAGUGGAAGAUGAAUUGAGGAAGGAUAUAUAAUAAAAAAGCAAAAAGAAAUGUUUACUCAUGGUUACUUAUUACUUCACUAUUAUUCAGCCUCCUGAAAGGUAAUUCUGACUGAGCCACACUUUUCAUUGUAGCACAAUAGUGGUAAACACAUUCCAGUGCAGAAACACUAAGCAGCUGCUACAAAAACUUUUCCAACACAAAAGAGCAACUCACCUAAAAAACAAGAGACACUCAAUUAAGCCAAAUCUAUGGAGAACAUGAAAGAUCAACACUAAACAGAAGAGGUGACCUCAGAUCAGUGUCAAGGUUAAGUUUAUUUAUUUACCACAUUUCCACACACUCAGCUGCCCAAAGUGCUUUACCAACUAAAUAACAUAAAAAUAUACAAUAAUGUGAAGCAGUUAUGUAAUAAACAUAUAUAAAAGAAUUUAGUACAACUAGAAAAUUAAACAAUAUGACUAGAAAAACAGUGACUAAGGCUGGUAAAGAACAAUGUUUCAGAUGGCCUCUGCUAAAGGUCAGCCCAUAAAAUUGUGUCAGUAGUAGAGAUUUAAAAUGUCCCAGUGUUUGUGCAGAACUAAUAUUUAGAGGCAGACUGAUCCAGAGUCUGAGAGCUGCAGCAAGUUGAGACAAGACUUUAGAAUAAAUAAAGUCAGUUGUGAGCUGGAGCUCAUGGUUCUUACUGGAGCGUAAAAAAUAGGAGCUCAGAUAACAAAGAACGGGAUUGGCUGUUAAGUAAUUUAAGAAGAAAAAGU